UCCCCUCAUGCCCUCCCCUCCCUCCCUCUCCUCCUCCCCGUUCUUCUCCUGCCGCUCUCCUCUUUGUUGCCGUCUGCCCCAGAUGCGGUCACCCCGCCCGCAUCUCCCUCCCCUCCACACCCCACCCGCGCCCCGCAUCUCUCUCGCCGGAGCGGCUGGCAGAAGGCGGAGAGGACGACCACCACCACCACCGGCGCCGCGGCAGGCGCCCACCGCGUUCCCCACGUCGCCGUCGCCGCCGCAAUCCGAUCCGAGGUAGGAGGCGGAGAGGACGACCGCCACCCACCACCACCAUCACCGGCGUCGCGGCAGGCGCCCACCGCGUUCCCCACGCCGCCGUCGCCGCCGCAGUCCGGUCCGAUCCGAUCCGACCCAACCCACCGAGCGACAGGCCGGCUUGGCCACGCUGGUGCUCCUUCUUCUCCUUCAACCUACUGCUGCUGAUCCCUGCCUCGCUGCUGCUCCUUCUCCUCUCAACGCUGCUGCUGCUCAUCGGCUUACAACUGCUGCCUCUUCUCUCCUCGGUUCCCUACUGCUUCUCCUUCUCUGAACCUGAACCCUUGCUGCUCUCUCUCUGUAUCUCCCUUCGCUGCUACUCUGCUUUCCUUGCUGCUCCUCCUCCUCAACGCCCCCUGCUGCCUCUGUUUCUUCUCUGAACCUGAACCCUUGCUGCUCUCUCUCUCUCUCUCUCUCUCUCUCUCUCUCUCUCUCUCUCUCUCUCUCUCUCUCUCUCUCUCUCUCUCUGAAUUUUCUAUAAGCCGAGAUGUGUAAAACUUUAUAAUGUUCAGAUUCUAAGACUGCUUGCAACCUGUUAUAUGUUUAGUUGGUUCGCCGUGUGCUUCCGCAUUGCAUUGGUGCCGCUCGGACCCUGCUCGUGUCUGGACGCGUGCGCGUCUGGGUCGUCGUGGGUACCGCGAACGACCGGGUCGUGUCGCAGCUCGAUUUCCAUUCUGCUUUGCCGAUCGCCAUGGGCAAAACUCCCAAAAUGAUUCGAUUCACCAACCCGGGUUUGACCAAAAUGUAGCUUGACCUGCCAGGUUUGGGGGAGAACUCGCAGCCUGAUUUCGUCAAUUCUGAAUCCAUAUCAUUGAUCGGACAUUGUGAGAACUUGAGUCAUGUGGUGUUUGUAAGUGAUCGAUGCUAGCGCGCUCCAAUGGCAUUGUUGUGUGGUGUUUGUAAGGGGCUGAUGCUAGGGAUUUCUACAGUGCGUUGCAAUGGCACUAAUUAACAUGCGCAUUGUCAAUUCGACCCGUAGUAGUAGAGGAUGGGUGUGAUAUCGCGGAAGGUCCUGCCGGCGUGCGGGGCCCUGUGCUACUUCUGCCCUGGGCUCAGGGCACGGUCCAGGCAACCCGUUGAGCGGUACAAGAAGAUCCUUGCCGAAAUCUUCCCCAGAACACAGGACGAAGAACCAAAUGAUAGGAGGAUUGGGAAGCUGUGCGAGUACGCCGCCAAGAACCCUCUUCGAGUGCCCAAGAUCACAGUUUACCUGGAGCAAAGGAUUUACAAGGAAUUAAGAGCCGAGCAGUAUGGUUUUGCAAAAGUGGUGAUGCUGAUAUACCGCGGACUGCUGGUGUCUUGCAAAGGACAAAUAGCACACUGUUCUGCGCUCCGAGCAAGCGCCACUAAUGCUACAAUAGAUCAAAGUUCUGAAAUUGUGAGCAUUCAUAUACAGUCUUUGGAUCAAACAACAAAGGCAGCACACAUAAUUACAAGAUGCUUCAUGUUGGUGAAUAUAAUUGACUCUGUAUGGUGAAUUUGGUAGCUUUCGGAAUUGGCCUUACUCUCUGGUUUUUCCUUCCACGACAACAUAGUGUAGGAGUCGGCACGACGCUGUGUAAGGUACUGAUGAUCUCUGACAUGAGAUACUUACGUGAUUCUAACGUCGCUGCCUCCCUUCGCAAGCAUACCAAUAUGCGCUGAUCGACUGGAAGUCAAGGAGUUCGGAGUACUAUGAGCAUUUCUAAAGAUUCACACCACAUCGACUUCUGGAGCAAGCAUUCACCUUAAUGCAGGGGUCAUAUGAUCUUUCAGAGAACACCUCGACGAGCAAGAUCUUCAGACAGAGCUAUCCAAUACACUACUAUCACCAUAUGACAUAGAAAUCAUAUAUAUAUCGGUUCUCUUAGGCUACUGUUAGGACUUGCUUUUGGUAUAUCAUGUGACAUUUUCUAUGACAUCCUCAAAGUGAUGUAAUUAACCAAACCAGUACUGUUAUUAGUGCUUACUUCCUCCUAUAUCUUUCUUUGAGAAAUUCAAACGAUGGAAUCAGUCGUCUAUAUUUCCUUCCAUGUGUGGAAUACAUAUUGUAUAACCAGUAGUGGACUAGGUGGGUGCUGCCAUCGUGCUUUGCUAUUUGUGUAAUAGCCUGAAUCAAAAAUGAAUCGUGUUCUACCAAGUUGGAUAUAACUCUCACUGCAUUGUAAACAAGUUAUUGUGGGCUGCUAUUCUUCUUUGCUUUUGGUAUAAUGUUCUAAACGUC